GCGCGCCCUGAGGGAGAGGGAGAGACGCGCGGUCUAAUGAACAUUGAUGUGUCUGUAAAGAGGAACAUCUGUGAGGAUUUGCCAGGAGCAUAACCAUUUACAAAGCCGACGACAGCGCAUCAUCACCCAGUGGGUUAAGCCCAGUGGGAUCAUGUGGGUUCUGGAAAAGAUCCGGGACUCAGUCGAAACAAAUGUGCUCCGGCAAGGAGAGGCAGGCGACAAACAAGGCAAAGCACCUGCCUAUAGCAACGUCCUCACACCCGACAAGAUUCCAGAUUUUUUUAUCCCCCCGAAGCUUGUAAGCUGUCCACCAGAGCCAGAGGCCUCCGACGUCAAGUCCAAAGAUAGUUUACGACCCUCCACAUCUGAGCAAACCAUCACCAACAACAAGAUCAGCAGCCCUCGUAGCCCUCGAUUGGUCAGCAAGUUGGCUGGAGACACCAAGAAACUUCUUAGGGCAGCUAACCGCCACAUCAUUCAGAUCGAGAGCGCUGACGAUGUGGUAGCAGGCGACACCAACGCUGACCCUCAAUCUCAGAAUGCCAUGUCGCUUCCUUACAUCCCAAAGACGCAGACUUCAUAUGGCUUCGCCACGCUGAUGGAGAGUCCGCAUACUAGGCGUAAAGAGUCCCUGUUUCACUGUGACCACACCAGCCCGGUAACUUCUCCCAACACUCAACGCAAGUCCCAAAGCAAGAGCAGCAAUGAAGGGAACCAUCUCAACCCUCCAGACUUUGGCACAUCUCACAUUAACCCAUACCGAUACUUCAGUGGCGGAGAAAGCGACACCUGCUCCUCCGCAGAGUCCUCCCCAUUCAGUUCCCCACUGCUCUCCCGAUCCGCAUCACUGCUAAAGAUCUUUACCCACGAGACGCAAGCUAAGGUUGCAAAAGGGAAACGGACAUUCGCCAGACACAGUUCCUUGUCCACAGAUGAGUGCAGUUCUGCAGAGCCCAGUCCUAAUGUUCCUCGACGUAGCCACUGUUCCUCUUUACAUGCCGGCGGAGCUUCGGAGCAUCUUCACGGUGGGGACCGUCAAUACAAGGAACAUACCAUUAACAUGCACAAAGGAGGCACCGUCCGACUUUGUGCCGACUAUGAUGCAGGCACAGCACGAUUGCGUAUCCGUAUCAUGGCGGCUGAGGACUUGUACGAUCCCAUGUUUGAUAUUAAAAGCAUCAACUGCUGUGUAUCGCUCUACCUCAAUCCAGGCAAGUUGCAGAAACAGAGGAGCACGAUUAUAAAGAACAGUCGCAAUCCCGUCUUCAACGAGGACUUCUUUUUUGAUUCUGUGACUUCGGCACAGGUAAAAAACCUAGCCUUGAAGAUCAAGGUGGUGAAUAAAGGCACUAGCUUGAAAAGAGACAUGCUGUUAGGGGAACGGGAAGUUCCUUUGUGCAAGGUCUUAGGCCUUUAGUGAAGCCUAGCCUACAACAAGUCACUCUGAAAAGUGGAAGUAACAUCUUGUGAAUGCGAUAUUUGCUUUCUUGUCUUUCAUGUAGCCUGAUGCAGUAAGUGAUUUGGUAUUCACAAAUUCAAAACAACCAUCACCACCUGCACAGAAUCAAGAUAUUUACAUAGCUCUGAACUUGUCAGUAAAAAUAGAAAAGCGUACAACGAAAACUCCUUUUGUUUGUUAUCUUCCGUGUUUUUGUUAUUUAUGCGUUUAGUCUAAUUAAGACGCAGCGUUUAUCGUUUUGAUUGUAAAGACUUUUCACAAUGCCGCAGACCUUUGAAGAUACACAAUGGCCCUCCGUGCUAAUGUUAGCUUUGAUCUUGGAUACAUCUGGCGGCUUAUUUCAUUUGGAGGAUAAACAACCAGAACAAACUGUUGUCACAUGCAUCUCUUGGCGUAAACUUGUAAAUGCGAUGAUGUAUUCUUGCGAUGAUGUUCAGAAUGUCAUUUGGUGAAACCCAGAAGCCUUACUAACCAGAUGAAGGAUUUCCCAUGCUCAUGAUCUUUGUUUGACUGAGCAUUAUUGUUGGAAACAGGAUUGGAAAGCUCUGGAAUUUUGGAAGUUGGAAAGUUACAGGAAUUAUUUGUACAUUUUGGGUAAUUUAUACUACUGUAACUGUAUCACAUGCAAACAUUAGCUUCCUCGACAUCUGAUUCAUCUUCAUUAGUGUGCCACGAUUCCCAUAUACUGUACAGCAUACCCACCUUAUUUCCAUGGAAAGUUACAACACCUCCCGAUUUUUGCAACUGUAGAAAUAAUUUUUGUUGGUAAACUGUAUAUUUUUGUUGGAUGUUUUAAAUGAAUGUACCGGCAUGGACCCUGGUAAAGGGCAUUUUAUGAAGAGGGAUGGGUAUGAAAAACUUUAUUUUGAAAAAGUCUCUCCAUGCACACUACUUAUCCAGAGAUAGAAACACAAUCUUGUGAUUAUAAUGCAAAUCCUGUCCCCAUUCUAGUUGUAGAACAGAAAAUGGUUGAAUUAUAAUCUGAAUACUGUGAAAAUGUUAGAUUAACUUAAAAAAAGAUAAAAAAAAUUGUUUUUUAAACAUUAAGUUGAAAAAAGUAUUUUUAAGUGUUACAAAUUAAAGUAAUUUUUUUAGUUGAUCCAACUUUUUACUUUUUACAGUGUGAGAAUGGAUAGAAGCAACAUUUCUAGAUUUUAUUUCCCCACAAUAACACAAAACAGCAAUGAACCUGUAUUAAGCAAUAUUCUGCAUGUAUUCCUUUGCAGAUUUAUAUUAAAAUUUAUACAAAUUUAAAAAACUGUUCUUCUUUAAGGUGAUCAGUUUGCUAGAGCUCAUUAAAAUGAUUAGGAAAACAUCAAAUAUUUCCUCAUUGAUAAUUAAUAACUUUUAAGUCACACAUCCGAUAAACCAACCAGAGAUUAACCAAAAGCAUUUCUGUAUGAAUGAAAUGUGGAUUGUGAUGUAAAUUAUCGACUGCCGAAAGCAUAUAAAGCUUUUCAUUAAUUUCAAGUGUUUCAUUAAGUAUUUAAUAUCCAAAACCACUCGAAUGCUGGAGUCUUCCUGUUUUUCGCAGGUGUAUUUUGCAAAAUGAAGAAAGUGCCAAUCCUGUGUAUACUUGAUGUAGAAGUGAAUCGUCGUGUGAUUUGCUCAUGCUGGAUCCUGUUAACUUUGGUGUUUGUAACUUGUGUGCAUGGAUUAUAUUUUCACUGUGGUUUUCAAUCUCUGGUAUUUUGUAAGUGAUCUGUUUGAUGGAGAUGUGCUUUCGUUUUUCCUGCACGGUUAUUCAAUGGAUUGUUUAACUGGUAUAUUUGUAUUUCAGAUGGACAAUUGGGGAGGUCAUGGGUUUGAGUUGGGGUAUGAGUUGAGUUUGGAAAUUGGGGAAAAAUAAAAAUCAGUUUGUGGCAAUUUUGCUGUUGUGUUUAAUACUGUUGGGUCAUGCAGUUCAACUCCACCUGGUCUCCAGUGGUACAUUUUGUAUUAAAACUUACAAAUACACUGUAAAAAAAUAUAUUUAUGUGUUAACAAAUUAAGUUAAACAGUUUCAACUUGAGUUAAUUAAAUUUCAAGUCAAAACUUGAAAAAGUAAGUUGUAUGGACUUGUUGUUUAAACUUCAUGCUGCAUUUUUACAGUGUAGUUAUAACUGUUAUAAACUUCUUCAUUAAAAAAGUCAAACUUGUGAUUUUCUAUCUAAAAUUUAAUCUGUCCUUUAAAUGGAUGGUGGCCCUUUUAAGAAUGAGAGGUCAAGGUUUGCUGCUGUACACAUCUACUGUCACCAUAGCAGACCUUUCCAGAAGAUCUGUGAACAGAAAUGUUCUAAAAGGGUUGAAAAUAUCAGGCAUCUCUUUCUGGUAAACAGAAAACAUCAGCGGGUCAUCUGUCACUGCUGCCAGGGCACCACCUCAUUAAGAGAGAGAAAUAAAAGAGAAUGAGAGAGCAGAACAAAGAACAGGGAGAGGAUGAAGGAAAGACAGAAUAGCUGAGCUGCACAUCUGUCACCCCCCACCCCAAUUCAUCCCAUCUCUACUGGCUUUUUGAUCUAUUCCUGAUCCAAAACAACUUUAACAAAAAACAAUUUCUCUUUCAAACUACAA